AUGACAGUCGACGACUCUCAAGCAGAGCAUCUCACAGCCCUCGCCACAGCCGCCUCCACCCUCACAUCUUGCACCUCUAGCUCUAUCCAAACUCUCCACUCAUCAGCCCUCGUAUCUCGAACAGCAUCCGAACAUGCGCAAGACUCAAGCUAUCUCUCCCUAGCUCCUACCUUUCUAUCUCUGCACCAACAGGCGUCUAGCUCCAAACAGCUCCUCGACUCGCUAGAGGGCUUCCUCUCCACAUUCCAAUCCGAUCUCUCGACGCUGUCAACGCACAUCUCGGCAUUGCAAAACACAUCGCACGCCAUUGGUUCCAGACUUGAUGCGACCAGGGAUGUAGAGAUCCGCUUGGCCUCGUUUCUAAGCGAGAUUGCACUGAGCCCAAGGAUCGUAGAUCUCUUCUUUGAAACAGAGCCCGAGUCAAGGCCAGAGUUGUGGUUAAAGGCUGUAAAACAGCUGGAGAAGGUGUUAGAAGCUACUUCUCCCUCCGCCACCCUCUCCUUACCUCCUGGCGUAGCAGAGCGGGUUGCGGACGUGGGGGAGAUCCAAGCAGUGCAGCAAGUACGAAGGGUCGCAGAAGCAUGCAAGAACAUCGUAGCUUCCAAACUUCGCUCUUUUCUGAUAAGCCCGCAUACUGCGAUUAAAGCUUCGGUAACGACCAAUCUCCAGGUGCUUCAAAACUCAGUUCUCUUACGACACCACAAGCCAUUCUAUGCGUUCCUAGCAAGACAAAUGCCAAGAGUAGCGAUCGAUGUUCAGAGGAGUUAUGUUCAAGCUGCUAGACUCUACUUCGAGACUGCCUUUAGAAGGUAUGUGAGGAGUCUCGUCGUUCUUAGGAAAAGGUGGGUCGAAGCGCCGAGUGGAGGAGGCUUGCUUCUUACUGAAGCUCUACCUUCAAAUGCCACCCUAUAUGGUGCCGGUGGGAUUGCGGCAUUGCAGAAUGGCAUGUCUAACCUGAACAAAGCGCUUUCCACCACUGAAAGCGGCCUCGUGCCUGGCAGAGGCAGCAAUACACCAACCUCGAAAGAUGCAAGCAACUUGUCAGACAGCGAGACGAUGAGUAAUCUCGAUCCCUGGCUAUUCUCGGCCAACCGUCUGCUGUAUUCUAAACUCGACAGCCCCGUCGCCACAGUGCUCGGCUACCUUGCAGACGAUUCUAGUUUCAAGGCAUCUCCCGAGAAUCUUUUCCGAUCUCUUUCGUUGGUGUUGAUUGAUAAUGCCUGCUCCGAAUUCACCUUUCUGGUGAGGUUUUUCCAAGCUAUAUCCGAAGACCUCCCUUCCACCCAAGAAGCGAGGGUAGGCGAGGAGGAGAGCGCAGAUACCAGCCAAGCCGGAGAUGCGACACCAACGCAAAGCGAAACCGGACCAGAACCAUCCGUUGUCCAACUCUCGCUCACCGAGCAGAGUAAGAUGAAAGGAAAGGGUGCAACAGAAGAGAUAUUUAGACAGAUUAUGGAACCUUGCAUCACAACCUGGUCUAACUUUGCCACAUCCUUGCUCAUGCCCCCUGGUAGUGCUGCAAGCAAUAUUGCUGCAAGUGCCACCUCUGUCGUCAGCGCUUCUUCAAUCGCAACUGGAGGCGUAGGUGGAGUGGGAGCGUAUUUUUCGCUACUUUCCAUGCUAACACUCAACGAUGCUUUGUCAGGAUUGGUCCAGGCUAGAGGAUGCAAUAACUCGGUAUUGGAGUCAGCGUUGAUGCGGUUCAAAAUCACCGCCUACCCCCUAGCCAAAAGGUUCUUAGACGACCAAAUCGCAUCCCUCUCCACCCUCAGUAAUCCUGGUUCGGCAUCUUCAAGCGCAAGUGCAGGUGUUUGGGGUGUAUUCAACUCACUCACCAGCACCAACUCCGCCUCGGCAACCCUAACCGAACAAUUGGGCGAGGCAAUAGCGAUACGAUACGCCUCUCUAUUCACCAAAACCCUCUGGAUCCUAACCACAACCCAAACCGCAGACCAAGGCAUCCUCUCUGCUCUUCUACGUCUACGUUCCCAACUAGCAAAACUCAUCUCCAUCCCCAACCAAAAGAGUUGGACAAGAGAAGGCAAGUUGAAAAUGCUUAAAACCCUAAUUCAAGCGAUAGAAGCCGUCGUUGGCGUAAGUGCCGGAGGAUUGGCCAGUCAUGGCAAAGUUCAGAACGAGUUGAGUUUUUGGCAUGAACAGUUGCAUCAGUUGCCACAAUAA